AUGGAGGCGCCCGUGGAGAUCGCAGCAGCUGGCCCCGAUAUGAGGGACGAGGAGGGGCGGGCUGGGGACGGGGAGGGUCCGGUGCCCGCUGCCGUUGGGUCUUCUCUGGCUGCCGUGGUCGACGAUGACGACGAGGGGGACGUGUGCAGGAUCUGCCGGAAUCCCGCGGAUGUCGAGAGGCCGCUGCGUUAUCCGUGCGCCUGCAGCGGUAGCAUCAAGUAUGUGCACGAGCACUGCCUCCUACAGUGGCUCGAUCACAGCAACGCCCGGCACUGCGAGGUUAGAUUGGGAACCCUUUAUUUCUAUUCCUUUUACAUUCGUUGGAUUGUGGACUCGUCUGUUUAGGUUUCCUGUGGUCUGAUUUUUGAGGAAAUUGUUUUUCCUUUCGUUUGGAAUUAGGUUUUUGCUCGUGUAUUUAUUUUGCCGGUUAUCUCUUGAUCGCUGUUCUUAUUCUUGAAAUUUUGCUUUGGGGUUAUUCUAUAUGAGUCCUUGCUGGUACUUGAACACGGAAUACGGAAGACACCAUAGUUGAGGAUGAAUUUACUUUUCUUUUCAAAAUCUCUGUUUGGUAAUUCUUGGGCGCUUCCCUUGAAAGAUGAAUAAUGCAAGAAACCAAAACCUAGCUGGUUGUUUCUCUGUGUGCUUUGGCUUUCUCCGGGGCAUUUUUUCUCUCCUCUCGAAGCCUCAUUACGGAAGUGAUUCCCAUGUCGUUGUCUUUAGAUGCAAAUAAAAGUGAGGUUAUCCUCUCUCCUUUGAACAACCUUAGAGAUAACUUAUUUUUAACAUACAGGACGCAAAACUCACGAGUACGAUACUUAAGCUUCGUAUGCUUUUAAUUAUCUUCUGAUUGCCCCCGUCUGAAACGUAAUCGCAUUAUUGAGUUAAUUGCGUUGUGUUGCCGCAUAUUAUAUUUGAGGCUUCGUACUGUCUUCUGAAAAUAUUUGAUGGUUUCUGGUGUUUUGUGUCAUGGCUCUUAGUUUAUUACUUGACCUCGUAUGUUCCUUGAUUAAUUGUUAAGAGCAAUGUGUCGAAACCUGUGCAGGUCUGCAAGCAUCCAUUUUCAUUCUCUCCGCUCUAUGCUGACGACGCCCCUGCUAGGUUGCCCUUUCGGGAAUUUUUGAUUGGAAUGGCCAUGAAAGCAUGCUCUGUUCUACAAUUCUUUCUACGAUUGGCUUUCGUACUUUCGGUUUGGCUUCUCAUAAUACCUUUCAUUACAUUCUGGAUAUGGCGUUUGGCAUUUGUGAGAAGCCUUGGUGAAGCACAGAUGCUGUUUCUGAGUCACAUAUCUACACCUUUGAUUCUUACUGACUGCCUGCAUGGCUUUUUACUAUCGGCGAGCAUUGUGUUCAUAUUCCUCGGAGCUACUUCUUUGAGAGAUUACUUUAGACAUCUUCGUGAACUGGCUGGGCAUGAUGCUGAGAGGGAUGAGGAUGUUCAAGAAAGACAUGGUGCUCGUGCUUUGAGAAGACCUCCUGGUCAACCAAAUAUGAUUAAUGGGGGAGAUGGAAAUGUUGAAGAUGUUGGUGGGGCACGAGGAAUUGCUGGUGCUGGUCAGAUGAUCAGAAGAAAUGCAGAAAAUGUAGCUGCUCAGCUAGAAAUGCAGGCUGCACGUCUUGAAGCACAUGUUGAACAAAUGUUUGAUGGACUAGACGAUGCUGAUGGUGCUGAAGAUGUACCUUUUGAUGAGUUGGUCGGCAUGCAAGGUCCUGUCUUUCAUUUGGUUGAAAAUGCUAUAACGGUGAGUGUAUGAUAAUUUUUUGAAGUUUUUGUGCUCUACAUGCCAAAACGAUCAGGUCAACAGUUAGUUUCUGAAGUUCCUGUCAAUAUAUUAGUUUCUUUUUGUGUUCACUUUUUGAAGUUUAGAAACUAUGUGAAUAUUUUAUCUUGGAUAUGGCUAAUGUUAGAAGAUAUGCAUCUAGAAAAAAGUAAAAUUUACCAGUUAAGCUCAUUUGAGGUUGGAUAAUAUCUUGCAUUGUUCAUCCAUCUUCCUGUCCUAGUAGUGAUUGUGUAGAUGUAGUGGGCAUUUCAUGCACACUUUGGUUGUCUUAGCGGGAUCCAAUACCAUCAUUUCUGCAAUGCCUACCUGGCAUGUCGUAUUUAAUCAUAAUUAUACUAUAUUUCUCAAGUUUAGAUCAUAAUAUAGCACUUUUACCUUUGGAAUUAUAGUUACUCUUAAGAGUUAUAUGUCAAUGAUUUGCUGUGCUUUAAUUUUAUAUUGCAAUGCAUGCGUGUUGAAAAAUAUUAGCAUUUUUUUACAGUCUGGCUAGUCUAUUAAUAAAAAAAGUAAAUAAGUAUAAGAAUGUGGAUUGUUCUUUUGCAAACGCAAAGAUGAAGUGGCAUUUGCAUGUAGUUUGCAUUGAAUAUGGGGGUUCUGUGAAAUGGUUAUUCUACAUCACUGAAAGAAUGUGGGAGGAUAAAGGUUCGCUGAUUCAUGAAUUCUUAUUAUAUUUUCCACGUGUAGCCUGUGAUUCUUAUUGGAAAGUAAUUACUUUUGAAUAUCAUCAUUUUAUUUGAUUCUACCUUGCCCAUUUUCACUGUAUUCUAACUUGUGAUUCUAAGUAAUUUUACUUGUCCGUCAACUGACAGGUUCUGGCAAGCAACGCGAUUUUCCUUGGUGUUGUGAUUUUUAUCCCCUUUACCUUUGGGCGGAUGGUUCUCUACUUUUUCUCUUGGUUCUUCUCGUCAUCCAGUAGUCCGUUGUCAACUUUCAUGCCUCUUUCAGAAUCUGCACUCUCUUUUGCUAAUGCGACAGUAAAGAACACACUGACAACUGUGAAGAACUUAUCUGACAGUGAGCACCUCGCUGGGCAUGUUAUGGAGGCUGUUUCUGAGUCCCUGCAAAAUAAUACUGGAUUGCAAGAAGUGACUAAUAUGGUCAAUGCUCCUCCUGCUGCUGAUAUGAUUAAGGGCGCUGAGUCAUCACGCCUAUCUGAUGUUACAACUCUUGCCAUUGGAUACAUGUUUAUCUUUUCUUUAGUUUUAUUUUACCUAGCCUUUGUUGCCUUAAUUCGCUAUAGUCGUGGUGAGCCCUUGACCAACCGAAGGUUUUAUGGAAUAGUGUCAAUUAUUGAAGCAUUUUCCUCGCUAUUCAGGCAGUUUUUGUCAGGAAUGAAACAUUUAAUGACAAUGGUCAAGGUUGCGUUUCUUCUAGUCAUUGAACUUGGUAUAUUUCCAUUGAUGUGUGGUUGGUGGCUGGACAUCUGCACUAUAAGGAUGCUGGGGACAACCAUGUCACGAAGGAUUGAGUUCUUUUCGGUUUCACCAUUAGCGAGCUCUCUGAUUCAUUGGAUUGUGGGAAUUAUUUAUAUGCUUCAAAUAAGCAUCUUUGUCAGCCUUCUUCGAGGGGUAUUACUUUUGCUUGGAUUUGUACUGUUUCUUCAUUUAUUUUCAGUAAAGUUAAUUUCAUUUGAUAUUUGACUCCAAUCCUUCUUGUAGGUCUUACGAAAUGGUGUUUUGUAUUUCCUUCGAGACCCAGCUGAUCCAAAUUAUAAUCCAUUUCGUGAUCUAAUUGACGAUCCAGUUCACAAGCAUGCUCGCCGUGUUCUUUUAUCAGUUGCUGUUUAUGGGAGCUUGAUUGUAAUGCUUGUCUUCGUACCAGUCAAGCUUGCCCUGCGAUUAGCUCCAUCUAUAUUUCCGUUGGAUAUUACGUUAGUAUCAGAUACUCUCAUCCCCAAUUUAGUUCGAAUUUAAAUCUCAUUAAUUUUUUGUGCUAUUUUACAUCUAGUUGUGCGUCUAAACAAUGCAGUGUUUCUGAUCCAUUCACGGAGAUUCCGGCAGACAUGCUUCUGUUCCAGAUAUGUAUUCCAUUCGCAAUUGAGCAUUUCAAACCAAGAGCUACCAUUAAGGCACUUCUGCAUCACUGGUUCACGGCUGCUGGAUGGGCUCUUGAUUUAACUGAAUUUCUAUUGCCACCACGUGAAGAAAAUGGAGGGCGGGAGAUUGAGAAUGCAGAACCUAUAAGGCAGGACAGGUUGCAUGAUGCACAGCAACCUGGGGGUAUGCAAGUUGAGCUGUUAGACCAAUUCUUCCUUCCUGAAGCUGCUGGACAACCAGAUAGUGGAAUACACACAGCUGGAGGUGUUGAUGUCACUGAUGGUUAUGAUGUUGAUGAUCAAUCAGAUUCAGAGUAAGUGACACUGCCUUUGCUUAGCCUUUCUGUAUGUUGUACUGUACUGCGCCUCAGACGCUAACAAUUUUUUUUCGAAGCUAGGUUGACUUAGGAUUUCUAAGCUGCAUCAUUAGGGAUAGAAAAAUAUGCUUUCGGUUGACAGAAUAUAGGUUGCAAUUAUAGGUAGGUAAGAGUAACAGAAUGAGUGAAAGCUGUCCCUCAUGGAACUUGGAGAGUGGCUGUUUGAGUGACAACGGGAUGAACUGAAUUGAAAAUUGUUGAUUGGUCAAGUUCACCUUGUUUUGGAGAGAAAAUUUAUAAACUUCGGGAAAAAUAAAUAAUUUUUCGCAGGUGAAGAUUAGUUGAAGUUAUAUUCGGAAUUUUUUUUGAUAUACUUUCAAAUUGAAAACCGCUCCCUGACAAAUCCCACUGACCCAUAUGAUUACAUAUUGUCCUGUUUCUAUUUGUUUAAUGAUCGUUAAAAAGUUAAAACCCUAUCAAACUGAGAAGCCAUUCUAACUGGUUGCCGAGGCCCCAUAUGAGGAUACAGCUGGCCUAUGGAUGGAAAAGGAUGGCUGGGCAUUGGGAUACUGGGAGGGCAGUUUGCCUUUUAUCUGCCAUUUUUUCUUCUAUCCUUGAUUCUUGCUGCUUCGAUUUUCUGACAGAUAUAGUUUUGUGCUCCGGAUUGUGUUACUGCUGGUCUUGGCAUGGUUGACUUUGUUACUGUUCAACUCGAGCCUGAUCAUCAUCCCCAUCUAUCUCGGACGUUUCCUGUUCAACGCAAUCCCUCGGCUCCCAAUCACUCACGGCAUCAAGUGCAACGGUAACAUUGCUAAAUAUUCUCUCGUCUCUCGCGAUUGAUGGCAUCAACACACUGCUGGAAACUAAUCUUUUUUUUUUUUUUUGUGCAGAUCUGUACGCCUUCAACAUCGGUUUCUAUCUCAUCUGGAGCAUCGUAGCUGGGACCAGAUACGCCGUCGAUUACAUCAGAAGUCAGAGAACCAGGGUCCUGCUGUCUCAGGCAUGGAAGUGGAGCGCUAUCAUCUUGAAGAGCUCUGGUCUCUUAUCUAUCUGGGUGAGCAACGCACAGUUUGUCUUCUUCUUCUUCUUCUUCUUCUUCUGGUGUUAUCUCAUCUGUUUGGUCGCCCAGAUCUUCGUGAUUCCGGUGCUGAUCGGGCUGCUGUUCGAGCUGCUGGUGAUCGUGCCGAUGCGAGUGCCUGUGGACGAGAGCCCCGUCUUCCUCCUGUACCAGGACUGGGCUCUGGGCUUGAUCUUCCUCAAGAUCUGGACCAGACUGGUGAGCAACCAACCAAUCAACCGCUGGGCUUUUUAUUUAGAGCAGAGGAGCUUCUCGAGGAGCGUCUCAUGCCCUCCGUCGUGUCGUGUGGCAGGUGAUGUUGGAGCAUAUGGCGCCGCUGGUGGACGAGGGGUGGAAGGGCAAGUUCGAGAGGGUGAGGGAGAACGGGUUCUCGCGGCUGCAGGGGCUGUGGGUGCUGCAGGAGAUCGUGGUGCCGAUCGUGGUGAAGCUGCUGACGGCGCUAUGCGUGCCGUACGUGUUCGCGCGGGGGGUGUUCCCCCUGCUGGGCUACCCGCUGGUCGUCAACUCCGCCGUGUACCGCUUCGCGUGGCUGGGUUGCCUGCUGCUGGGGACCCUCGUCUUCUGCGCCAAGAGGUUCCACGUCUGGUUCACCAACCUCCACAACGCCAUCCGCGACGACCGCUACCUCCGCGGCCGGCGCCUCCACGACUUUGGCGAGAUCCCCGCGGCGGACCCGGCCGCCGCCGGCCCUUCCAACGAUAGUCCGCCGGACCACCACCACCACACCUUGCAACACGUCGAGCAGCAGAUCCAGCACCAGCACCAGGCGGAUGCGGAUGUGGAUGUGGGCCUGAGGCUCCGCCACCAUAAUCGGAGGCCCAACCAGCUGCUUAUGUAG